UCUAAAAGAAGAGAGAAAAAGAAGUGGCCAAACGUCAUUACCUGCGACAAAGAGUUUAUAAUAUUACAUUGCUUAACUGUCACACAUUUCUUAGAUUUGAUCAAAUUGAUGUUAGCGUUGAUAUUUUGUCCAAUUGGACUUUAUUUUUUUUUCGUCGGUUUCAGUGUUUUUAGAAAAUGCGAACGAUAAAAGAGGCUAAAACUUGCAAGUGAUCCGCCGUGAUGGCAUCAGAGGAGGAAAUCAGCCUGUUAGUCAUCGUCGUGGACGUUAACCCGAUUUGGUGGGGCCAGCAAGCCCAGCGUGAGCCGGAGUUCACGCUGUCCAAAUGUAUGGACGCUGUUAUGGUGAUGGCUAAUUCUCACGUGGCCAUGAGCAGGAAUAACAAGCUGGCCGUCAUCGCCAGCCACUGCCAAGACAGUCACUUCCUGUAUCCCAGUCAAAGUCAGCCAGACGGCAACGGCACCCCAGACGAUGCAUGCUCUAGCGGCGAUGGCAAGUAUGAGCUGCUGUCUAUCGCCAACGGCAUCAUUGCUGACCGGAUCAGAAACUUGAUGUCCAACAUUGAAGUGACAGGAGGUUCCACAGACACUUUGCUAGCUGGAUCCCUCGCCAAAGCUCUCUGCUAUAUUAACAGAGUCUCAAAGGAACUUGAAGUGGGACAGGAGGUAAAAUCGCGAAUUUUGGUGAUCAAGGCAGCAGACGACUGCGCCCUGCAGUACAUGAACUUCAUGAAUGUGAUCUUCGCCGCCCAGAAGCAGAGCAUCCUGAUAGAUGCAUGCGUGCUGGAGUCAGACUCGGGGCUGCUACAGCAAGCUUGUGAUAUAACGGGAGGCUUGUACCUGAAAAUUCCCCAGAAGGCGGCUCUGGCUCAGUACCUGCUGUGGGUGUUCCUGCCAGACGGCGAGCAACGUUCACAGCUGCUGCUGCCGCCGCCGGCCCACGUCGACUACAGGGCGGCGUGCUUCUGCCACCGCAACCUCAUCCAGAUCGGUUACGUCUGCUCCGUUUGCCUCUCCAUAUUCUGCAACUUCAGCCCUAUCUGUACAACCUGCGAGACGGCUUUCAAAAUCCAGCUCCCACAAAUGGUCAAAGGCAAAAAGAAGAAAUUCAAAGCAUCGUGAUCAUUUUUUUCUAUUACCUCAGCAGCCAAAUUCAUGAAUAUUGUAUAUGAUCAAUCGUUUACAAUUUGUAAUUUUGAAUCCUGUUUAUCCAGUGAUGACUAUUUUUUCAAAUGUAGAAACU